UCAAACUACUUGAAGGAUUCACUGUUCACCAUUUUCAAAAUUGAAUUUUUCACACCGGGAAUACACGUACAUUGUUUGAUGUUUGGUCAAUUCACUUAAACAAACUGAUGAUACUCUAUUCAUUUUAGGGGAUAUUCGCAUAACAUUCAUUUUCGUCACGUAUAAUAUUCAAUUUGACAUUUGGAUCCAUUUUACGUGAUUUUUCAAGUGAUUCGAAUGUGAAUUUUUAUUUGUGUGUCAAGUUAAUGAGCACGCUUACUUGUGAAUUUAAAGAAUUGGAUCAAAAGUCGCACUGUUUCGUAAAAAACCAUACCUACUCAAAAUUGAAUACAACGGGUAUUACGACAUUCUGGGUAAAUAUGCUUCUCGAAAAAUUUAUGUAGAUAUUACUCCACAUUUGUGAAUGAGUAUAAAGUACCAAAGACAUUUGAAAUCUAUUCAUGCUUCACAGUGUAUUUAUAUGUUCAAAUGUAAAGAAGCAUUUUAAUGUAUUUUGCUUACCAACUAGAAUCUGAUACAUUAAAAAAACAUUAUUUUCUCCAUCCUGAAUUUUGGUAAAAUUUUUACUACUCAUUCGGGUCGGGUACGGGUACAGGUAAUUUUUAAUCGGGUACGGUAAAAUUUUUAAUUUUUUAUCGGGUACGGGAUUUUAGGGAUGCAAGAGAUAAUUGCAGUUCCUCGAUGAUUACACACCUAAUUUUUUUCCACAUUUGAAAAUCGGUACCUAAUAGGUGUUUUUCCAUGAUUUAAAGAGAACGCCGCUCAUGAGCGAUUUAUUGAAAAACUAAAACAAAGGGUGUUCCUAGUGCCAAAGAUUUUUUUUUUUCAUGGGUAUGGGAGCAGAUCCAUGAGAUCCAUGACCAUUUGAGAUGUCUAAUUUAUGCAGUGCGUCAAUAAUAUCUUGAACAUUGAUAUGAUAAAUAUUAAUGUUAUCAACAUAUUCUGGAAAAAAAAUCAAAUAUUCACGAAAUCGAUCUUCGGAAAACGUAGACGUCUUAGAAAAUAAGUUAAAAAUAGUGUACAAAUAUCUUCAGAGAUGUCAGCAGCCUUUCCCGUUUUUAGGGAAAAAGUGUCGCAUUUUAAAUUAUUUUCCACGAUUGAAGAAAUUGUUCGGGCAAGAUUUUAUUUUACAUUCUGCUUUUGAAUUGAACAUGCGUAAGAUGUUCGAUUGAUGUCCAACGAAACCUAUUCGCUUUGUUAAUCGUGGUGUGAGAGAUUAUUACGUAAAGUUUUCAAAACAAGAACUUUUUUCUUGGAAAAAAAAUAAAUAAGCUGUCUGGUCCUACCUCAGGUCUUAUGUUGCUACACGUCUAGAAUUACAGUUCGAACUACUUUGCUAUCAAUAAAAACCUAUUAGGAGUUAUUUUCUAUUCGUUCUUCUCCUUGUAUAGCUUCCUUCUAGUCGCAUUUUCACAGAGACGAAAAAAAAAUGAUCCCAUAAAAUAUUUCAUGCCUGAAUUGCAUUCUAUUCAUUCUAUCCCGACGAUGUUUACGAAAUAGUAGAAGUACUAAACUAAAUAUUUGUACUCCUGUCAUGUUCUGCAAGUAACCAUUAUCGGCAGGAGAUGAUUCCGCUCCGUAGGUAGGUACCUACAGAUAUGCUGGAGACAAGAGCAGCACAAGCAACGGCAACCAGCUAUUUAUUUACACAACCAUCCAUUCGCAAGAAACGGUCGGCCAGAAGACGCCAAGAUGCGAUGCGGCAAUAACAGUAGCCAUUUAUCUCAAUUGAUGAUUGUUUUAUGUAGCUCCAUGUAGAUAUUUGUAGGUACCAACAUAAUGUUCUUGUCUUACGGUGCACAGGAUCCGAAUCGUAUAGCCCUUUGUUGCUAGAAGGAAACCCAUUCAGUUACGCUCAGACCACAAUCAAUUAGGGUUUCAUUUAAACGUUCAUUUCAGAGCAUCGAUGAACGAACGAUUAUUUAUUGUCCUGGUUGAAAUUAUCUUCAAUAGAUAACACUUCUACUUCAUUCUCGGAAAGCAAACCUCAACACGCAAACCCAAUCAAAGCACCGAAAACAAAUGGAAUACCUCACAAAAAAAAGUACCAAAAGGAUAGAACAAACGCGAGCUUUUGCGAUCAAGCCGAGUUCGGAAGGACACAAACAUGCUGCCAUGACAACACGCCACACAAAACGGUUUUAUCAAUAAACGCACGAUGACACUCGGUUAGCCGGCGGUGUUUAGUUUGUGCAAUUUUGUUUUUUUUUUGCUUUUCAUUCCAUCCGAAGCUAGUUAAUUGCUUUUCUCCGUACGGCGAGUGUUCCGGAUAUUCCCAGUGGGAAAAUCAAGUUGUCACAUCCGUUCGCGACAUCACGUCCGAAGCACGAAGCGACCCCGUAGUUGGCAAAUUGGUUCCGACGAAAGGAUUAAACAUUCAUGUGAUUUAUUUAUCGAUUCGAACAUUGCUUUCCGCCGGGAAGUUGUCCAAUUUGAAUUUAGAUGCAUUGAUAAUCGAGGCAGUUAUUUUUGGACUACUUCAACGACACAAAACUUCAAAAAAGUGAUCUUGAUUGUUCCAUAGUCGACAAUUUGAAAUGGGACCCAAAAAAGGCAAAGGAAGCACGGUCAUCGAUGGCGUCGACACGUCCAGCAUGUCCCGGGAGCAGCUGGAGCAGUUUGCGCUCCGGCUGCGGAACGAGAUGGAACGGGAACGCGAGGAGCGCAACUUCUUCCAGCUGGAACGGGACAAGCUGCGGACGUUCUGGGAAAUCACCCGCAAACAGCUGGAGGAAGCAAAAGCGACCAUUCGCAGCAAGGAACGCGAUGUCGAGGUGGCCCAGGAACUGGCCGAUCAGGACACCAAAAAUGUGAUGCAGGAAAUGAAACACCUCCAGUACGAGCAUCAGUCGCACAUCGGUGAGCUGAAGGCGGAAAUGAUGACACAGCUCAAGAUGGCCCAGGAGGAUCACGCUCUGCAGGAACGGGAUUUGCUCAACGAUAAGCGUGAGCUUAGGCGGUUACUCAGGGAAAAGGAAGAGAACGGAGAGCUUGAGGUUCAACAGCUAAAGCUGAAGCAUAGCGAAUUGUUGAGCGAGGAACGAUCGCGCUUCAAAAAAGAAGUCGAAGCAAUGAUGAAACUGUAUGAGCAGAAGCUACAAAAUUACAAAGAAGAAGCCGAAAUUCGACACGAAAUGGAGUUAUCCGAAGUAGAGGAGCGGAAAAACGCUCAAAUCGCCGAACUGAUUCAGUCGAAUGAAAAUGCCUACAAAGAGAUGAAAGGCUACUACAAUGACAUUACACUGAACAAUUUGGCGCUCAUCAACAGCAUGAAGGAGCAAAUGGAAGAAAUGAGGGUUCAGGUUGAUAAAGAUAUGAAAAAUCAUUCAGAAGUGAUGGCAGAAAAUCGAAAGCUAGUGGAACCAUUGAAACAAGCCCGCUCGGAGUUGAUUGAGCUACGCAAGAAGCUUCAGUAUUAUGAUCGCGAUAAGGCCACCUUGAAUCGGGUAAAAACUCGUCUUAGUACCACUCAGAAGCAGCUAAGCAGCCUGAAACUGGAAUCGGACGUACUGCAGAUGAGAUGUGAAAAACUGGUCGAAGAGCGCGAUCAACUGAAGAGCAUGUUCGAGAAGUCGAUUCUUGAGUCGCAGCAAAAGUCGGGAUUGAAAAAUUCCCUCCUGGAGCGAAAGCUGGAGUACAUCGAGAAGCAAACCGAACAGCGAGAGGCUAUCCUCGGUGAAGUUCUGUCACUUGCUGGCAUAGAACCGCAAUCUCUGAGCAUACGGAUCGAAAAAUUGUUGGUUCAGAAAAACGAUAAAAUUCAAGAUUUGCGGUACGAGUUUGCCCGGGUUAGCAAGAUGUACGACGAUCUCCUGUCGUUGAUAGAGUCUAAGUUGUCUAAAUUUGGCAUCACGCUGAAGGAUCUUGAGCUGGGCAAUCUUCAAGUGGAGAAAUAGCAAAUAGUUUGUUGUCGAAGUUUGUAUUUUUGAAUUUGUAUUUGUUUUUUGACCACCGAGUGUUCAUUGUUUGCUUGUACACAAUAAACUAUGACAUGACAGGAAAG